AUAAUUUAUAUUUUGUGUUUCAUAAAAGUAAUUAUUUUGAUCAUUUAGUUUCGAAGUAUUCAAGACAAAUGCUUUUCCCCUAUUAAAAAUGGAUUUUCCCCAAACGGAACAAUUCGUUCGACCGAUUCAUAUUCAUAACAUUUCGUGUUUCGUGCAAUUUAAGCACUUACGAAAUGUUACGUAGUGUUUUAUAGAGGUGUAAAGAACAAUUAGAUGUAAAGUGCAAAUCAAGCUCAAUGUCUAUUGAUGUUAAUGAACCAGAACCUUUAGAUGAUGUACCUGAAUGGAAAGGUGUGAGCAUGGAUGAAAUACGUAAAGGUUUAGGUGUAUAUGAUUGUCAGGAGUUACCACCUAUUUGUGCAUCUUCGUCUCAUAUAGUAUUAAUAUCAUUACCAUUACCGGCUCGUGGAACACCAAAACCUUAUCCUACUUAUCAAGUAGAAAAAUGGUGUCAAGAUUAUGUGAGGAUGCCACAUUCAAAACAUAAUUUGUAUCUAGUGAAUGAGAAUGGAUCCAGACAUAAUCGAAACAGAUGGGAAAUAAUACAAGAAUCAUUACUUCAAAAUUUUGUUUCAACUCAUCAGUUAGAAAGUGCAAUACUUUCUUAUAAUCAUAUAUAUGCACAACGUUGGGAUUUUACUGCAUUGCAUCAUUUUUUUUCUGAGGUACUUGAUGAAGAAGAAACAAAUACUUUCUUUGAAACUUUGAUGCCAAAAAUGGUUCAACUUGCUUUACAACUUCCUGUUUUGGUAACUGGUUCAGUGCCUCUUUUGAAACGCCACACCAAUGGCACAAUCAGUCUUAGCCAGUUACAAAUAGCUUCUUUAUUAGCUAAUGCAUUUUUCUGUACAUUUCCAAGACGUAACUCAACCGAUCCACAAUCUGAAUAUGGAAGAUAUCCAUACAUCAAUUUUAAUAGGUUGUUUUCAGCGUAUAAAGAGGGAAAAUGGAAGUGUGAAUCUGUAAUGGAGAAAAUGAAAUGUAUAUUUCAUUAUUUUCGGAGAGUAACGUGUAAAGGUGGAGCAGCCCCAGAAGGUGUAGUAACAAUACAACGGCGUUAUAUUCCUAAGUCUGAUUGUCCAAAAUGGGAUGAACAAGUACAAACUCUAUUACCUUUACAUAUUACAAGUAGAGGAACUAUAGAAGCAGAAGGAACUGGAUUUUUGCAAGUGGAUUUUGCUAACAAAUAUGUAGGUGGUGGUGUCCUUGGUCUAGGAUGUGUGCAAGAAGAGAUAAGAUUUGUAAUUUGUCCUGAAUUAAUGGUAACAAUGCUUGUUACAGAAGAAUUAGAUGAUACUGAAGCAUUAAUUGUUAGUGGUGUUGAAAGAUACAGUAAAUACAAAGGUUAUAGUAACAGUUUUAAAUGGAUAGGAGACUAUGUUGAUGAAACACCUAAAGAUAGUAGUGGAAGACGGUUAACAUCAAUUGUUGCUAUUGAUGCCCUUUAUUUUAAGAAUUCGCAAAUGCAAUUUAACAUAAAUAAUAUAAUAAGAGAACUUAAUAAGGCAUAUGUUGGAUUUGUUGGUUGUGAAGCUAGUAAAAAUAACUUACCAGCUAUUGCAACUGGGAACUGGGGAUGCGGUGCAUUUCGUGGAAAUCCAAAACUAAAAGUUUUGUUACAGUUAAUAGCUGCAACUGUAGCAGGUCGAUCAAUGGUUUAUUUUACUUUUGGAGACACAAAUUUGCGAGAUGAUAUUGCUGAAAUGCACAAGCAUUUUGUAAAACAUGAAACAAAUAUAGCUCAUAUUUUUUCAUUACUGCUGCAAUAUCAAGAAUUUGCUUCAACAGAAAAUUCAGAUUUUUAUCGUUUUUUAUAUAAUCGAAGUAAAAUGAAACCAAUAACUCAACAUUUAAGUAAAAAUAUUCACACAAAACUUUCUGUGGUAAAAGAAGUUGUAUUUAAAAAAAGUAAAAGUGUUAAUAAUGGAGAGGAAAGAUCAUUUCAUUCUGAUAUCAAAAAACAUACACGAAUAGAAGAAGAAAAAAUACAAAAAUUUUUUGAUGAAGAUGAUAUAAGUAAAAAGAAAACAGAGAUUUCAAAUGAAGAAUAUGUAGAUGUUAUAAAAGCUAUAGAGAAAGAACAAAUUCAAAGUAAAGAUGGUAUGAAGAAAAAAGAAGGACAAGUUCACGAUAGAGAUAGUACAGAGAAAAAAAGAAAAUCAUUAUUAUGGAAAGAUACGACGCAGGUUAAAGCUAUUCAAGAACAUCGAUUAUCUGGUUUAGAAUUAUUAGAUCCAAAGCAAGAGCUUAUUUCACAAUAUGUAGAUAAUGGUUGUAAUGAAUCAAUUACAAAUGAAAGUCGUCAAUCAAUAAUACCUGUAGAUAGUAUACAGGAAUCAGUUCGAAGUGGAAUUCUAAGUGAAAACUCUGUAUCUUCGCAUAAACAUAAAUCACCAACUAAAAAAAUUGGACAAAGAAAAAUUUCAGAAUUUUUUCCAUCAACAAGUUAAAGAUUUCAAAAUAUUUAAAAUUGAAACAUUCUUCUAACCAAUUACAUUUUGACACAAGACUUUCUAAAUACACGUACUUUGUAUAUAAUGUAAUAAUGAGAAUAAAUAAAAAAGUAAUUAAUUUUUCAAA